GCAAAGCAAAGUUAGCAAAACACCUCAAAGCAAUGAAGCCAGCACGGCCUAACAAGUGCAAACGAUCGUCCGUGUGAGCCCGCGCCAGCAGCAGCCGCGGUUUCCAUCCGUGCGGCUGUGUGAGCCAUGCGCUGCUGGCCGCACGUCGUCGCCGCCGUCGCCGCGGCGGCGCCACCGGUCGCUGAAAAGAAGCUCUUGUACCCAAUCAUGAUCCAGGGCGGCCCGAACAAUCAAUAUCAACAGUUCCUCGAGAGCAUGGUGCUCGCAAAAGCUUUGAGAAGGAAAAUAGUCCUCGCGCCCUUUCUGUCCUGGCCCGGCGGCGGCGACCGCCAGCGCGUCCACGCGUUCAGAGCGACCUUUGACGUUGAUGCGGUCAAGAGAUUCGUCGACGUCGUUUCUACGAAAGACAUGGGCGAGGCAGGUACGACGAUCGUGGCGGCCGGCGGCGCAAAAAAACCAAAACACGAGCUCCGCGUCAUCUGCGGCAUGGCCGGGAUACGGGGCGGCUGGUGCGCCACGCAAGCGACGUCGACGCCGCUGCUGACGCCGGCGGCGCGCCAGCGCUGUCGAGCGCGGGAGAAAACGUGGGGCUCCUUCGCGCGAUGUUUGAGCGAGAACUACAACGAUCGGGUCCUCGGCGCUGCGCUCUGGGCGUCCAUGAACGGGCUCUACGGACAGCGCGCCCUGAGGAAGCCCCGGACGCUCCAAGCCGUCCGCGCGUUAAGGCGGGCGCCGGCGAUACGCGAAAAGGCUGCUCAACUGAGGACAAAGCUGUUUGGCGACCGGCCCUACCUCUGCGCGCAUAUCAGGAGAGUCGAGAACGCGCAGCGGUGUCGCGACGGGGGCAGCGUCCGGGCGCCCCAGGUCUCGUGCCCGCCCGUGAAGGCCGGCUACGUGGCCACGCGGCGCCUCGCCGAGACGCUGCGAGAGGCAUCAAAGGCGGUGGGCGUCGCCGACAUUUAUGUGUCGCGCGUGGCCCUGCGGCAGGGACCCUUCCGGAGCGAGGGCGCCGCGUUACUCGGGUUCUUGCGGAACGGCUCGUUGAAUUCGGAAUCCGCGUCGGUCGGCGAUCAGGACAACUAUAUGACGUCGCUCGUCGAACAAGAAAUGUGCGAGCGGGCCGCCGCCUUCGUGGGGACGGCCGAUAGCACGUGGACGUCGCUCGUCGCGCACCAGCGCUUCGCGCGCGGCGAGAACUGCUCGACGUCGUUCGAGCAGCUGCUGUCGCGCCAGCCGCGGUUGAACCUGAACAUGCCUCAGGGCCUGGUCGCGCGGGAGCUGCUCGCGCGCGGCGUGGACGACUUCCAGCGGCGGUGUGUGUGA